AUGAAUCAGGCAAGGUUUCCUGAAUUCGUACCAGGCUCCAGUUGGAACUCGUGGCGUGAACGCCUAGAAUUUCUCUUCGAGGCGAAUAACGUGCAGGACGCAGCUAAGAAAAGGGCUCUGUUGUUCACGUUUUGCGGCGAACAGACCUACGACAAGGUGCGAGACUUGCUGCAUCCGCUCACACCGGCGCAAGUUCCGUAUGACGACAUAAUCGAACGUCUGAGCAGCCAUUUUGAAACAGGUCCUUCUGAACUUCUAGGGCGCUGGCGUUUUCACAAAAGGGAUCAACUUCCUCAAGAGACAAUCUCUGAAUAUGUCGACGCUUUGAGAGCUCUAGCUAAAGACUGCAAUUUCGGUAAUGUUGCCGUUCCAUUACCGCUACCACUUGCACCAACCACACGAUCGCCUCCCACGGCGCACGGUGAUUCCCCAGCGACCCAAACUGCAACCAUGGCUUCAGCGAUCGCUUCACCGUCCCAAGCAACGGUCUCACAGGCUCCGACGACCGCUGUUCCGGCUUCGGCGAAAACAAUUUUACCCUUGGAAGUGAUGCUACGAGACAGAUUCAUCUGUGGUCCGAGGGACGUGCACCUGCAGCAGCGUCUACUCUCCGAAAGGAAUAUCACAUUCCAAAUGGCGGGCGACACUGCGAAAGCCAUGGAAUCCACGGUUUCACAACAGGCAAGCAUGCGCAGCAGGGAAGAAAACAAAGUACUUCAAACUUCAGCAACCAGAAGCCCAAAGAAGAAUAAGCUCCCUAAGCCGUCCAAAAAGUGCUACCGUUGUGACGGUGCGCACAACCAGAAAAGCUGCCCUCACCGAAAUUCCACAUGCCAGUUCUACAAGAAACUGGGGCAUAUUGAAAAAGCAUGCAUAACGAAGAAAAAGAAGCAGGCUUCCGGCACGCGCUCAUCUGGACGUCAACAAGCGAAUAAUCUAACUGCCGACGAAGCAGAUUCGCGGAACAGCUUAUUCACGGUCAACUCCAUGAGCCAAUCGACUGAAAGCUUAACCGUAUGGGUUACGGUAAACGAACGCCCUUGCUGCUUCGAAGUCGAUUCCGGUGCAUCAUUUUCAAUAAUGAGUGAGAACACCUUCAACCAGCAAUGGGACAGCAACAGACCACGUCUACUGAAAGCAGCAUUGAAAUUGAGGACGUGGACCGGCACACCACUUCAAGUCCGGGGCAAAGCACGAGUCACCGUUCAGCUACACAGGAAGCAAGCAAAACUCGAUCUGUACAUCGUCGCGGGAACUGGAACAAGCCUCCUAGGUCGAGACUGGUUUGAGCCACUGGGAAUUUCACUGUCUGGCAUUCACCGAGUCACGGAGUCACGGUGCCAACCACUACUCGAUCAGUUCGGCACCCUUUUUAAUGGCAAGAUUUCAGGCCAUGUAGGCGACCCUAUACACAUCGAGCUGCAGCCAAACGCAGUCCCUAGGUUCUUGAAGUCCCGCACAGUGCCACUGGCAUUGAGGACAGCAGUCGACAAAGAGUUAGACAAGUUAAAAGAGCAAGGCAUUCUGAAACCCGUUUCUUCUUCGACAUGGGCUACGCCGCUAGUAACAGUACGGAAGCAGAACGGCACCUUACGUCUAUGCGGAGACUACCGUAGCACGGUGAACCAAGCGGUAGCGAAGGCAGCGUAUCCGCUUCCCACAGUAGAUGAUAUGCUGGCUCUAGUUCAAGGAGGCAGGAUCUUUUCCAAGAUCGACCUUCAGCAAGCGUAUCAGCAGUUACGAGUGGACGACGCAUCCUCCGAGCUACUCACGAAAUACAUGGACAGCCUUCUGGCAGGGUUAGAAGGUGUCGGGGCGUACCUCGACGACAUUCUCAUUUCUGGCAGUACCCUCGACGAGCAUAACAAGCGUCUGCGCUCUGUGCUUAAGCGCUUGACUGAUGCAGGGCUCAAGGUUCGUCUGGAGAAAUGCCUUUUCCGCGUACAAGAACUUGAGUACCUUGGGUAUCAUAUCAGCGCAGCUGGCAUCAGACCCACACAAGUCAAGGUCAAAGCUAUCCUUCAGGCACCCAACCCAAGGAACAAGAAAGAGCUGCAGUCCUUCUUAGGAUUGCUGAGCUUUUACAACCGUUUUCUAAAGGACCGAGCGUCGGUUGCAGAACCCUUGUAUCGGUUGCUGCACAAGGACACACCAUGGUUUUGGGGAUCCCAAGAACAAGACGCUAUCGACAAGCUCAAGCAGUUGCUAGCUGCAGCACCAGUAUUGGCACAUUUCGACGUUAACCGGCCCGUUUUGCUGGCAUGUGAUGCCUCACCAUACGGCAUAGGCGCAGUCCUUUCGCAACGGACACAGAACCACUUGGAUGUUCCAGUGGCGUUCGCCUCACGGACACUCAGCAAAGCGGAGCAGAACUACGCGCAGCUAGACAAGGAAGGCUUAGUGGUGGUAUUUGGUAUGAAGCACUUUCAUCACUUCGUGGCUGGUAGGCAUAUAACCGUGGUCACAGAUCACAAACCGCUACUUGGUAUCUUCAGUCAAGAAAAACAGAUACCAGCAGUACUAUCGCCUCGGAUGCUGCGCUGGUGUCUCUUGUUAAGCGCUUACGAUUAUACACUGAUAUAUCGUCCGGCUCAUCGGCAUCAGAACGCAGACGCGUUGAGUCGUCUUCCGCUUCCAACCACAGCUAAUGAGGACACUACUGGAGACAUUUUAAUGCUGGAAUCAGUCGAGUGUGAACCACUCACACCAAGACACAUUGCAAGCUUAACCAAAGAAGACCCUAUUUUGUCCAAGGUUUUUCAGGCUGUACAAACCGGCGACUUUUCCAGUUGGAGAGAACAAGCGUUCACACCGUAUAGGAGGCGUACCAGUGAGCUUUCCACGUGUAAAGGAUGCGUGAUUUGGGGCUCACGUGUAAUUUUGCCCAAGAAAGCACAAUCCCUAGCGUUAAGAAUGCUCCACGCCAACCACCCGGGUAUCGCAGCCAUGAAAAGUACAGCAAGAAGCCAUUUCUGGUGGCCCAAGCUGUAUCAUGAUAUUGAGAUCACGGUGAAGAGCUGUCCGAUGUGUCAGACUUGGGCUCGCGCUUCUUCACCACUCGUGGACAUAGAGUUCGAGCGUCCCCACACGCCAUGGCACACGCUACACAUGGACUUCGCGGGACCCAUCGACGGUUGGUCGUACCUUAUCGUCAUAGACUCAUUUUCCAAAUGGCUCGAAGUCAAGCGCAUGCGAAGCAGCACGCAUAAUAGAACAGUUACGCAACAUUUUUGCGACGUUGGGCAUCCCUAG